UAACUGCAGUGAUUCCUAACUGAUUUUCUAAAUUUCUUGUUCAUUAUAUCGUACUGUGAUAGAUUAUUCUAAAUACGUAAAUUUUGCUUGAAAGCUAGCACACACAAGAAAAGAAAACACAUUUUGAGUAACAACUACACAAUGGGGAAGAAAAAGAACAAAUCCACUGCUGAUCAUACAAGAAAUAAGAGAAAACAUCAGGAGAAGAAGAUAAAUCCUUUUGAAGUGAAAGUGAACAGACAAAAACAUGAUAUUCUCGGUAGAAAAAUGUCAAAAUUUGAUAAGGGCAUGCCUGGUGUUUCAAGGUCUAAGGCAACAAAGAGGAGGAAGGCAACCUUGCUGAAGGAGUAUGAACAACAGUUCAAGAAGAAUCGUUUCAUUGAUAAAAGAAUAGGAGAGCAUGAUGCAGCCUUGUCAUUGGAGGAGAAAAUGAUGAAAAGAUAUGCUAUGGAAAGAUCUAAAUCAACAGUAAAGAACAAGUUUAACUUAAAUGAGGAGGAAGAGUUAACACAUUAUGGACAGUCUCUAGCUGAUAUAGAAAAGUUUGAUGAACCAGUCAUCAGUGAUGAUGAUGACGAUGAUGAUGACAAAAGAGCAGCUGCUAAGCUUGUUGCCACAGAACAUUUUGGAGGUUUUAUGCAGAGAAGAGACCCUGAAGAUGAAAAGAAGUCGUGGAAAGAAAGAAUGGAGGACAUGAUUAAAGACUCAAAAAAGAAAAAGCAUGAGAGACAAAUGGAGAAAGAAGAAACAGUUCAGAUGACAGUAGAAUUAGAUGAACAAUGGAAAUCAUUACAUUCUCUCAUUAGUAUAAAUAAAAUGAAGGGUAAGAGUGAUGAUGAAGUGAAGAAAACAACAGAUGACUAUGACAUUGCUGUUAGAUCUUUACAAUUCGAAAUGAAAGGCCAGGCUACAGACAGAUUAAAGUCAGAGGAAGAGCUUGCCAAAGAUGAAAAAGAAAGACUUGAAAAGUUAGAGGCUGACAGAAUUAGACGUAUGAAAGGACUGACAGAGGAAGAUAGUCAAUCUAAACCUAAACAUAAAUCAGCGGAUGACCUUGAUGAUGGGUUUGCUUUGGAACCACAAGACUUUGAUUAUGUCAGUUACAAAGAUGGUGAACUUAAUAGAGAAGCAAAUGAUGAUGAAGAUAAUGAUGGUGAUGAUGAUGAUGACAUCGAUGGUGAAGAUGUUGAGCUUAUAGACAAUGAAAAUGAUGCUGAAGCUAGUGGUGAUGAUGAUGAGGAUGAUGCUGAAAAUGAAGAUGAUAUGGGAGACAAAGAAAAGACUGUAGAUGAAGAAAGUAGUUCAGAGGAAGAAGAUAAUUAUGAAGAUCUGGAAUCAGAUAAAGAAGAAGAAGAUGAUGAUGAUAUUGACAAUAUACAACAGAAACAUGUUGAUGAUAAACUAAGACUGAAUAUGAUAGAACAAGCCAAUAAAGAAUUACCAUACACAUUCAAAGCCCCAGCAUCAUAUGAUGAACUUCUAGAUAUCCUGGAGGGACAUAACAUGGUAGAUCAGUUGACAAUUAUAGAUAGAAUAAGGAAAUGUCACCAUCCUAGUCUAGCUGAGGGAAACAAAGAUAAAUUAGAGAAAUUAUUCAGUCACCUGGUACAGUUUUAUUGUGAUCUAUGUAUACAAGAUCCUCCCCAGCUAGACUUUGUAACUAGGUUAGUGACACCACUAUAUGAGCUCACACAAAUGUCUCCGGAGAAUGCUGGGAAUGUUAUCACAGCUAAUCUUAUGAACAGACAAGAUGAGUUUGCUGAAAUAUGUGAGAGUAGGGCAGGAAGAGGGUUAUACCCUGGUCUAGAUACUUUGUUACUGUUCAAGCUGGUGUCUAUACUGUUUCCGACAUCAGAUUUCCGGCACCCUGUGACAACGCCAUCAUUGUUGUUUAUGUGUCAGAUACUAGGACAGUCACCAGUGGUCUCUGGUAGAGAUGUGGUCGCUGGACUAUUCUUGUGCAAUCUUUGUCUAGAGUAUGUAUCAAUGUCAAAAAGAUAUAUUCCUGAAGUUAUAUCUUUCCUACAUGGGCUGCUGUUUUAUGCUGCUGAUAAAGAUAGUAAAAAAGUUGAAUCUGUGAUACCUCCAUUUAAACCAGUCGGAAAAUGCAUCAAUUUGUUACAUAUAUCACACACAGUUAAAAGCAUAAAACAAGAGAAAUGGUCAUUAUCUGAGAUGUUAGCACCAAUUGUUGAAGAAAAUCUGUAUGGAACUGAUGAAUUUAGGAUCACUUCAAUAUAUCAGUGUAUACAGCUGUUAUCAGAAUAUAUAAAGAUCUACUGUGGUUUAUCUUCAUUCAAGGAAAUAUUCUCCCCUGUAUUAUAUAUGUGUAAUAAACUACCAAAACACAAUUAUCCAUCUAAAUUACAGAUCAGAAUAAAUGAGUUAACAACAAGAUGUGAAGACUUAUGCUGUAGAAUGAGGGCUCCACUAGUCAUGCAGAAAAAGAAACCAAAACCUCUUAAAAUGUUUGAACCUAAAGUUGAAGAAAAAUUUGAUGGAAGAAAGAAAGGUAAGCGUGGAACUAAAGACUUUAAUGAGAAACAAAAAAUGAUUCACAAAUAUAAGAAAGAAAUGAAAGGUGCUGUAAGAGAACUGAAGAAAGAUACAAGAUUCCUGGCGAGACAGAAACUAGGGGAGGUAAUGGAGAAGGACGCGGAGAGGAAACGUAAAGUGAAGGAGAUAAUGGGCGGACUUGCUCACCAGGAAGGUGACUAUAAGAAAAUGAAAAGAGGAGUUAAACCAGAGUGAACCUAAGAUUGCUUUAUUGGGUUCUAAAUACAAGGGAAAUAGGUUUAUUUAAGAGGAGAUUGGUUUAUAUAAAGAGGCUUGACACACAAGUGAGAAUAAAAUGUGAAGAAGUUUAUCUACAGCUGCAGUGCAGUAUCUAUCUCAUGGACAUUAAAAAGAAGACUUCAAAGUAACACCAGAGAGUAGUUUACUGGCACUUAUGUCAGUCACCUAUUGUAGCAUACCAUCUGUGUAUGGUGUAAAUGUUGAAUAUUCUUGGUUUUCAUUUGAAAUAAAAGCUAGGAUACUAUUAUUAUAUUAAAUUAACAGCUAGAAAGCGUUUAUGCUUGUCUUUUUAGCUCACCUGUCACUUUGUGACAGGGUGAGCUUUUGUGAUCGCUUUUCGUCCGGCGUCCGUCCGGCGUCCGUCCGUGAACUUUUGCUUUAAAUGACAUCUCCUCAUAAACCGCUGAGCCAAUUUCAUCCAAACUUCACAGGAAUGUUCCUUUGGUGGUCACCUUUAAAAAUUGUUCAAAGAAUUUAAUUCCAUGCAGAACUCUGGUUGCCAUGGCAACCGAAAGAAAAAUCUUUAAAUAUCUUCUUUUAAACAACCCUAAGAGCUAGAGCUUAGAAAUUUGGCAUGAAACAUCAUCUGAUGAGUGUCUACCAAGUUUGUUCAAAUAAAAGCCCUGGGGUCAAAAUUGGCCCCGCCCCAGGGGGUCAUAGAUUUUCCCUAUAUGCAUAUAGUAAAAACUUAAAAAAUCUUCUUUUAAAGAACCCAAUGAGCUAGAGCUAAGAUAUUUAGCAUGAAACAUCUUCUAGUGAAUGUCUACCAAGUUUGUUCAAAUAAAAGCCCUGGGGUCAAAAUUGGCCCCGCCCCGGGGGGUCAUUGAUUUUCCCUAUAUGCAUAUAGUAAAAACUUAAAAAAUCUUCUUUUAAAGAACCGUAAGAGCUAGAGCUUAGAUAUUAAGCAUGAAACAUCUUCUAAUGAAUGUCUACCAAGUUUGUUCAAAUAAAAGCCCUGGGGUCAAAAUUGGCCCCGCCCCAGGGGGUCAUUGAUUUUCCCUAUAUGCAUAUAGUAAAAACUUAAAAAAUCUACUUUUAAAGAACCCAAAGAGCUAGAGCUAAGAUAUUUAGCAUGAAACAUGUUCUAAUGGGUGUCUACCAAGUAUGUUCAAAUAAAAGCCCUGGGGUCAAAACUGGCCCGCCCCGGGGGUCAUUGAUUUUCCUUAUAUAUGUAUAGCAAAAACUUAAAAAUCUUCUUUGAAAAAACCCAAAUAGCUAGAGUUUAGAUAUUAAGCAUGAAACAUCUUUAAGUAAAUAUCUACAAAGUUUGUUCAAAUAAAAGUCCGGGGGUGAAAACUGGCCCUGCCCCAGGGGUGUCAUUGUUUUUAACUAUAUGUGUAUAGUAAAAACUUAAAAAAUCUUCUUUUAAAAAACUCAAUGAGCUAGAACUUAGAUGUUUAGCAUGAAACAUCUUCUUAUGGGUGUCUACCAAGUCUGUUCAAAUAAACAAAUAAAAGCCCUUGGGUAAAAAUUGGCCCGGGGGGUGGGCUAUAUACAGGUGAGCGACCUCAGGGCCAUCAUGGCCCUCUUGUUCUCAAGUUGUUAUCAAAUCAUGUUGACAAAAUAAUAGAUGAAUGGCUGUGUUAUUAGUGAAAGUACAUUUGCCUUCAAUGAGAAUAUGUUUUGUAUUGUUAACUGUUUUCUUUUUAAUAAAUGAGUAUUUAUCUUUCAUGAAUUUACGAUCAUCUAAGUAUUUGACAUAAGUAAAGCAAUACUGAUUAAAUGCAUGAUAUACAUGUACAUGUAUUUAGUAAUUCUACAUAUGGUAUUGCAUUUCAAGAAAUUUUAUGAGAAGAUAUAUCAACAUGUACCUAACAAAAUAGUCUUCAUUACAAAUCAUUACAUUUGUACUUGUAAAGUAUAAUUUGCAGGGAGUUGUAAGGACUAAAAUGAAAUUGUUUAAUAUUUGUUAAUUUUUGAAAAUUGUUAAGAUUUGAUGAAAUAAAAGGUAUCACUUGA